CAGAGUGUGUACUCAUUUUUUUUUUUUUGAAAGAAGAAAGAGUAAAAACAUGGCAGGAGAGAUAUACACGUUUGAGCAAACUUUUUCUUUUAGUCCUCUACCUUCCAAGAAGCUCUCCUUCCUACAGGACCGAGACACAUUAUCACUGUUAAUGAAAUGGUCCAUGCUGGGGAGGAUUUCAGCUCAGUCAUACAGCUUUGACCAGUGCUUUUACCCUUACAGCAGUGAAAAGUUUGCACUGUGUUUCUUCAAGGACCCCAAUGUGCUGUCCGGUCUGAGAAAGAUGGAGGCCGGAGCCUGGGUGCCUCUUGACAAGCCUGUAGUUUCUGUGGAUGUGGAGGUGGUGCCGUGUACUCAGGUCUCCAUGGAGAUAUUUGACCCAAUCUACUCUUGUGGGAUCGUGAGGCCCUCUGGACAUGUAGUUAAAUGCUUUCAUGAUGUCUACCCCGACUACGAUGAGCUCAGACAGAUGUUGCAGGAGGAGGAUUCGGAGCAUUACUACGUCGUUGGUAAAAAGGAGCGAGUAGAGUUUCUGUUCCGCCUCUUCAAGCACCUGUGCUUCGGAGGAGAGCUCUGCCAGUACGAAGACGCCAUCGAUCCUUACAUCAGCACCACGAAGAAAAUCUACAAAGACCUGAUCAGUGUUCAGAGGGAUCCAGAGACUAAGAACAUCAGUGUCGUCUCCACAGUGCUCAAAGUCUGUGCCUAUGAUGAGUCGGGGCGAUGUUACCCCGGAAGAAGAGAGGAGGAGCAGACGUUUGCAUAUUUGAUUGUCGACCCCUUCAAACGACACGUGACUUUAUUCUACCACUGCUACGGUGUCGGAAGCUUCACACUGUGACAGCGAAGAGCUGGAGUUUGUCAGAGUCCUGUUGAACAUGUGUAUGUAGAAAUAAGUGAGCUCAGACUGGGAGCCGUACCCAGAAA